GUGAUGGCAGCCAAACGUGACAAUCCUGGAAUGUUUGUAAGCGCGUGGGAGGCAGAUGAAAACGAUAUUGACUCGUGGAGUAAGGCUCAAAUAAAAGCGGAUCCCGCUAAACGGUUCAUCGUGGCUGCCGAAAACGGUGACUUGAACGUGAUCAAUGAACUGGUGACUCGAGCGAACAAGCAUAUACCCAAUCUCCCGCAUCCGACAGUUGAUGAAAUGCUAGCUGCCACGGACAGGGACGGCUAUACGGCUCUUCAUCGUGCGGCCUACGGGGGACACGUGGCCGUGCUCGAGCGCCUCAUACAAAUUGGAGCGAAGCUUAACACACGUACAGAGGACGGUUGGACACCGCUACACAGUGCUGCUUUUUGGAAUCAAUUAGCCUGUGUUCAAACACUGGUUUGCGCUGGAGCUGAUCCUCAUACUGUAACCAAUAGCAAUCAAACCCCGUUACAUUUGGCCGUCUCAAAUAACCAAGGUCCGGAAACAUUGAUUUUCCUCAUGUCCAUCCCGCAAACUUCACUUCGCCAAGUGCGAAACAAGCUAGGAGAUACGGUGGAAGAUCUGAUCUUGCGCAACACACCUUAUACAAAUUUGUGUCAUGCAUUCGGUCAGUCUGCCACUCAGUUGACCAGAUAA